AUGGAGAGGUGGGCGCUGUUUCUGGUGCUUGUCUGGGGGGCUCCUCACGUGGUGCGUUCAGGUUGUGAGAACAGUGUGUGUAAUCCUCAAAUGGGGAAUCUGGCUGUUGGACGGCACCUGCAUACAGACACGCAAUGCGACUCCUCACUGGAUUACUCCUGCAGCUAUGAAGAUGUGGGCAGCUGCGUUUCCCGGUGUGAGGUGUGUGACCCGAACACUCACCCGUCCAGCGCUAUGACCGACUCUCCUUUCACGCAGCCGCCUACAUGGUGGCAGUCUGCCACAGACACGGCCACUGAAACUCUACAGCUGGACCUAGAGGCGGAGUUUUACUUCACCCAUCUGAUCAUGAUUUUUCACUCACCGCGACCUGCAGUCAUGACCGUGGAGCGUUCACAGGAUUUCGGCCGCACUUGGAGCACCUUGCGUCUGUACGCCCACAACUGCAGUGCACAGUUUGAUUUGGAGGAUGGUUAUGACUGCACAGAGAAAUACUCAUCAACACAGCCCUGCAGUGGUGGAGAGGUGAUUUACCGUGCUCUGUCAUCCUGGGACACAUUAGAACCCUACAGCUUGGCAGCUCGUGUCCAACUUGGCAUUACCAACCUGAGGGUACGUCUGCUGAAGUCCCAGCUGUGUUCAUGCCAGCUUAAAGAGGGCAGUGUCCGCCUUCCUACUGCACCCUAUGCCAUCUAUGACUUUAUCCUGAAAGGAGCCUGCUUGUGCCACGGUCAUGCUGACCAGUGUGUGCCGGCCGAUGGCUACCAGCCUACACAGCUCCUUGGGCAGAAAGUGGUUCAUGGCAAGUGUGUGUGUCGGCAUCACACGGCAGGUGAUCACUGUGAGAGAUGUGAUCGUCUGUAUAAUGACCAACCAUGGAGACCAGCCAGUGGGCUAACAGGAGAAGCUCACCAGUGUGCUAAGUGCAAGUGUAAUGGCCAUGCUGAAAGCUGUCACUUUGACGUAAGUGCAUGGCAUCAGUCUGGUCAGCGACGUGGUGGUGUGUGUCACUGCCUGCACAAUACAGAGGGUCAACACUGCCAGAGGUGCCAGAAAGGCUUUUACAGACACCCAGAAAUACCAUUGACUGCUGCCAACUCCUGCAAACCUUGUGUGUGCCAUUCUGUCGGUACUGACAGCUGUAACCCCACUAAUGGUUCCUGCAUCUGUAAGCCUGGUGUGGCCGGCCCCCUGUGUGAUCAGUGUAUGCAGGGAUACUACGGUUUCAGUGAUUAUGGUUGCAGACCCUGCCAAUGUGCGGGUGACUGUGAUCCUUACACUGGAGACUGCAUAACAGGGUCAGAUUUUGAUGAGAACAGCUUAUUCCGAGUGGAAGAACUAUUUUCUGCCCUUACCUAUGCAGAAAAAUGUGUCUGUAAACAGCACUCUCUUAAAUACAGCAAGGUGUUCUGCUCUAUGAGCUAUUCCUAUGCACUGAAAGUCAGAGUGUUGGCAGCUCAUGAUAAGGGUUCUCAUGCUGAGGUGGAUGUAAAAGUCCUAAAGGUGUUGUGGAGCAGAUCCACCCUCAGACUCAAGCAAGGGGCUUUAACUUUAUAUCCAGAGUCCUGGACAUCCCGAGGUUGUACCUGCCCUGUACUGUACCCAGGGAAAGAGUAUCUUGUUAUUGGCCAUCAGGAUGGAAAAAAACAGCGACUUUUGGUCAAUUUGAAGAGCCUUGUCAAGCCAUGGAGACCAAACCUCAGUCGUCGAGUACUACAGCUACUUGAAACCAAAUGCACUUGAGAGAGACAGAGUGAGAAAGACAA